AGUGAUCGUAAGGGAAGUUGUUGAUAGGAAAUAAAUGGCGGCAGACAGACAGAAAGAAAGAAAGACAUGACUAAAUAAGUGAAAGUUGUUGAAAACGCUUGCUACCACUUGAUUAUUUUUUUUUUGGACAUAGCUGCAAAUGAUUAAUCGACUGUGCUUCUAAAUGUCUAGCAACAGGCAUGAAGUGUUCAAAGCAAAAGUUUUGAAGAGACUAUAUCCAUUCUCUUCUGAGAAUAAUAACAAGUCAAAGACAUCUGCUACAGUAACUGCUGUGUCAAAACUAGAUCAGAAGACAAAUGAAGACUUCAAAACCUGUCAGAGCAGCAGCAGCAGCAUUGGAAGUGAAGGGCAAGCCAGCUCUCUGCAAAGGAAACGAUACACAGUGGGUCUUCCGCCAGAUGAUUAUAAGAUAGGUGCUGAAACAUACAGUGAGCCCAACGAGCCAGAAGUCAUAAAUAGCGAAGAAGACACAGCUGAGGACGAUACUCUUGAACAGAUACAAAGAAGGAGGAAGAGGAAGAAAAGAAAGCUAGGGAAUUCUUCACAGGAAAAAGGAGAUGCUAGGGGAGGUGAUAAUGAGAAACCUACUGAGGAAAAACUAAACUUAACCGUGAAACUAAGCAAGAACAAAAAAAGAAAACUGAAAAAGAAACGGCACAAGGAAAAGCUUCGGUCUGCAGGAAUGAUACCUAAAUCCAUGGCUGUGGAGUUCACUUAUCAGCCAGGAGAAUCCAGCAGUGAAGAUAUGGAUGCAACAGAAAGGAAGGCAGUAGAGGUGUUGGAUUUCUUGCAAGCAACACAGGAGAUCUAUUUUGCUGACCUGUUCUGUUUCUUCCACAUUGUUACAGGUACAUCCCCUGUUUCUGAGCCCACGGUUCUUUCUGCGACCGUUGGUGGCGUUCUGAACAAUCUUUACACUCGCACUGUGCCUUCCUCAGAUGUGGCCAUGCUGUAUGAGCUGAAGUCCCUUGUCCUUCUGCAGGAUAUUGAAAGGCUAAAGAGUGCUCUGGAAGAAUUCCAAGAUGAUUCAAUGAUGCCUCCCAAGGAGGCCACUGCAAUCUGUUCCUUAUUUAGAUACUGGAUUACACACAUCUUACCUAUGCGCAAACAGGAAGUAAAGUAAUCAAAGCUGCUUUACCUUGUUGAACAUGAAUGCAUGUAAAUCUGCAGAAUAGUGUUAGUAUAUCCAUAUAUACUAAAGAGGAAUGUGGCAUGGAGUUUAGAAACCUUUUCAACUGUAAACUGAUAAGUGAUGACAAUUUGUAACUGCUAUAUUGUGUUGUAUCAAGGUAAGCAUGCAUUAACAAUGAAAUAUUAGUCAGUAUCCAAGAGUCGUCUCUGGCCUUCACGUAUCAUGAGAACAGUAUGAACAUUGGUGUGUGUGUAUACAGGUUGUUUUUUUUUGUUUGUUUGUUUGUUUUUUUAACGCUGAUACAGUUGUUUUUUUUUUUGUUCAGACAUUUGUGGGUGUUCUUAACCAUGAAGUUGUUUGUUGUAACUGCUUUUUUAAAAUCUUUUCAGUUUUGAAUUUGCAGUAAAUAUCCAUUAGUUGUUCAAAGUGUGUAUUUUGCAGUUGUCAUCCAUAACUCCCAACACUCAAUCAUAAAUUCUGAGGUCAAACUUACAAAUAAUACAGAUUAAUAGUACGAAUCUUUUAAAAUACUACCCCAACUUCCCCUGUGUCUAUCUUGCAGAAGACUCCUCUAAAUAGGAUAUCUCCUAUAGACAAAUGUUUUAAUCCCACAAAACAACACUGAUACAUUUUUUGGUUGGGAUGUUGUCUAGUUAUUUUCUACAAUGUGUAACUUCAGAAAUUUGUGGGUUAAUGUUUGGAGUUACAGCCUCAUUUUAAUUUAAAAGUAGUGAUCCAUUGUUCAACUAAUCACUGGGAGAUCAAUGAUCCAGGCUUAGCAACUGACUCAACCCGUGAUCCUGGGCAAGUCUCAAACAUGUGAUGCUGACGUGCCACAGAGCAACCCUGAAACUGGACACAAACUGACCCCUACACAUAAUCUCAACUCAUUACAAUUAGUCUUUGUCAAGAAAUGCCUUGCCAAACUGGUCUUAUUUGUGGCCAUUUUGUAAAACUGUUUUUAUAAACUUGUGUUCGUCGUCAAUCUAUUUUAGAAUACAUGUAGCUGCUGUUUAAUGAUUCGUAGGUCAAAUUGUAGGCCAUGAGUUGUAUAAACCACAAAUGUAGUAACAGCCCACAAAUGUAAUGACCACCUGUUCACAUAUAUAAUGUCUCCCACAAAUGUUGCAUCCAUGAUAAUGCCUGUGACUUACUUAAAACCUAUUUAUUUAUGUAUUUAAAUAAGUGUAACUUGUAAUUUAAUAAUAUUCAUAGUGCCAGUUUUGGAUAUAAAGAUUAAAAAAAAAAAAAAAAGCCGUUCGCAUACCCCCCCAGUGAUUAAAGUAUACACUCUUCUAGUUAAGUAUGAUGAAUGUUGUUGGGGCUUUUUUGGUUUUGUUUUUUGUAAUAAAUAACUGAAAGUUGGUAGAUGGGUAUAACGUUUUUGGGAGAGUGUUACUUGUGUGGGCAGGUGUUUAUAACGUUUGUGGUUUUUACAGAGUAAUCGUUGUUUUAUUUUUAAACACAUGGCAUACGGUUGCUUACUGUGCAGAUCAACUGCUGGUCUACAGUAUCUGCAAGGACAGUGUAUGGUAUGUUGCUGUUUCACUUCUGUUAAACGCAAGUUUUAUAAAGCAGACUUUGCUGCUUCA